CCACGAUCCUGUGACUCCACGCACGUCCUCAGAACACACCGUUUACACUGAACCGAUCGGCGACCACAGACAAACCUACCAACAAGUCUACUGGCUGGAAUUCAUCUCCAUGGCAACAAACAUGGAAGGAAGUUUCCACGCUUCCUGCAGCUUAAUAUGUAGAAGACAACUGGAGACAGCACAAGGUGGAGAAUUGACUCCUGCAGGGCCCCUGAAGAGCCAUCACGAUGCACCAGUGAAUAAUGAGUAGCACCUACUGCAGCAAUUCUUCAGCUAAGAUGAGCGUCAACGAAGCCUCUGAAUCCUCCCCGACUCUGGAGCAAAAGACCGGCUUUGUUUUUGUGGGCAUCUUGUGCAUUUUCUUGGGACUUCUCAUUAUCAGAUGCUUCAAGAUCCUGUUAGACCCGUACAGCAGCAUGCCCUCCUCCACGUGGGAGGAUGAAGUGGAGGAGUUUGAUAAAGGGACCUUUGAGUAUGCACUUGCCUGACGGUAGCCCCAGCUUCAUGCCUUCCCCGGUUGCCAUAGUGACACACGGCAGACACAUUUCACAGCUAGCUCGACUGUGCUGCUGGAGAGAGGAUCAUUCCAUUCACAGAAUUCAAUAAACAUCUGUGGUUGAGUUGUCCGCCUCGCUGUGUGCAA